AUUGAUCUAGAACCACGGACAAGAGUCCCUAAGGACACUACAUGUGCAAUUGUUUGCUAUUAGAUAAAUCGUCAGCUCUUGUUGCAAACGCUAAAACGCAAGACCUGGCCGUGUACCCAUAAAAUAAAUGGGUUUGGACUGAACCACAGUCAUUUUAUAGGUCCCUGUAGCGCUGCUAGCACGAAACGGCGUUGACGUCAAGAGACUAACAAGCUUGGCUUAGGCUGCAAAGCUACUUUAGCCUGUCGGACCACACGUUUAUGUUGGUUUGGUUAUCUGCAUAACUGAAGAGGGGCCAGUUUUUUGUCAACCUGAUCAUGAUCCAUCCUGCAGCAAUGUGCUAGAAGUCAACAUCUGGAGCCAGUUAGUUUUUUUUUUUGACAGUAGAAAUCUGUGAAACUAUCGCUAGUAGGAACAAUUGCUAAUGUUAGCGGAAUUAUAAAAGCCUUCACGCAGCACUUCAUCGUUACAACCUAUUAUUGGGGCCAUAGUAUCUUACAGCUAACGUUAGAACAUGUGGAUUAUCCAAGCGGGCACCGGGACUUCGUUAAUCGCUUUCUCCAUGACACGAGUGUCGACAGGCCGUUGAUCCGACAGCAAAAUCUCGAUGUACUGUAAAUCUCCUUGCCUUCCAUAAUUUCGAAUUAGAGAGAAGAGAGAACUCUAAGAGCAAGAAAUUUGCCCCUGAGUCUAAAGUGUGGAACCAUGUUGACCAUCCUGGCAGCUGGGUCAGUCUUCUUCCCAGGCCUGUUUGUGCUGUCCAAGCAAUGCCUCAAGUAUAUCCCCGCACUGAGGUGGAGCGAAGGUGAUGCGGUCAUAGUGUCGGCCAGGUUGGUGUCCUCGGUUCAGGCGAUCAUGGCCUCCUCUGCUGGCUACAUCAUUGCCUCCUCCUGUGAUGACAUCAUCGAGGAUCAGCAUUGGCUGACUAAAGCCUACAUCUUGUUUGCCGUUCCCUACUUUGUGUACGACAUCUACGCAAUGUUUAUGUGCUACUGGUACAAGCUGCGUGUCAAGGGUCAUGAAGUGGACACAGGUGCCAAACCGCUCAGUGCGGCGCUGACGAGCUACCUCCGCCGAGAAUUCCUGAUGGUGCUCCACCACGUCGUCAUGGUCACCGUGUGCUUCCCCAUCUCCGUGUUCUGGCGACAGGGCAAGGGUGAUUACUUCCAGGGAGUCAUGUUCCUGGCAGAACUCAGCACUCCGUGGGUCUGUCUGGGAAAGAUCCUCAUCCAGUACAAACAGCAACACACUCUCCUGCACAAAGUGAAUGGGGCUACUAUGCUGGUUACUUUCUUCAUCUGUCGGGUGCUCCUCUUUCCUUACCUCUACUACGUGUAUGGCAGGUACACGUCCAUUCCCAUCUACAUGGUUCCCUUCAACGUGCCAUGGCAAGUUAACCUGGGCGCAGCUUUGCUCAUGGCCCCCCAGGUCUAUUGGUUCUCUCUCAUCUGCCGAGGAGCCCUCCGACUCUUCUCGGGCUCCUCCCGGUCCCGGAGGCCCCCGGUUGCCACUAAGGAAGACCCGGACGGAAAGGCGCCAUCCCAGCCCGCCAACGGGUACAGCGCUCACACAACAGAGCAGGAGUCGGGCUCUCACUGAGAAGUUGGUAGGGAGAGGGUGAGAAGGAAGAAAGGAAGUAUAUCGGAGAGUGUUUUGACGUGUGAAGUUGAAAGGCAAAUAUAAGGCGAGACUGAACAUGAGUUUCACAACCGCGGAGAAAGCAGCAAAAAAAAGAAAAGGCCUCAAAUGGUACUCUCUUUGUUGCCAGAAUCUAUACCUGAUACAGAGAUUUAUGAUUUGCGCAAAUCUAGGAAUUGAAGGCAGCCUUUGCACAUUGAACAGCAAAGGCCUCUUCAGACACUAUUUUCCAUCCCCUCGCGAAUGGGCAUGUUGAGAAUGGAUAGAGGUUAGCCUGAAAGAAGUAUAGCAAGUGUUGGAGUGUAGACCACCCUCAUGCUGAUGAAAUGAAAUCCUGUCUGCCUAGUGGAAGGUGAAUUAGCAGGAGUUACCAAUGUAUCAUACUGGUAUGUUUAGUACAUUGCUGUAGAUAUAAUUGCCUAAAUCAGCUUAGUAACAAAGAAGUAAAAAAAACAAGACCUGCCAAGCAGUAUUUUGACUUGUUAGUGUUUAUUAAUCUGUUUCCCUUGUGUACAGUAAGUCGUUGUCUCUCGAACUAAUGUAACCAGCGGACUGUUGUCGCCUGCAGGACAAGGAAGGUUAUGUCAUAAGACUGUGGUAUGCUGCCUUAUCCCUUAACCCAAUUGUUUGUUUAGUAUGUUUUAUGUUUAUUUAUUUAAAUGUAAAGUUGUUUAUUUUUCUCCCUUGGACUGAACAUGUGUACAUAUGUGAAGAGAUGUUGUUCUGAAUUGUAAUUCACGUGUCAGUGUUAUUUUCACUUGAUUUGGGUUGUGUGUCUGAUCUCCAAUCGAAUUUUUCCAAAAUACUUUUUAUAUACAUAUUGAUCUUCAGUAGUUCAGGUAGCAAUUGCAUGUAUCGGUUUACCUAUGGGCAGUUAAAAAGUCUGCUUAAAUGUGUACAAACGACUCCACCACCUUGCAACCAUGUUAUUCCAUUUUAGAUCGUAAUUUUGAAUGUGUUGAGGAACCAAAUACAUUGGAAAAUGUAGGGGCUUUUGGGUUUCUAUGCCCGACAUAAGUCCUUUUGUAGGAGAGUGGUGUUGAAGGUAAAUAAGUGACAGUGCUCUAUGAAUUUCCACAACAUGUCAGUGAUUGGCUGUUGUUACACAUUUGUAAUCUGACCAAAAAUAAUUAUUUUUUUUAAAACAUGGGACUUUUUGAAUGAUCAUUUUAGCUAGUAGUUUGCAUAAAUUGACCACACCAAGAUCUAUUCACUGUCCUGGUAGAUCUGUGUGAGGCUUUAUAUGUACAAUUUCUUUCCUUUAUGUUUGUGCUUCUUCAGGUUCCUGUUCGUGCAGAGCUAAUUUCCUUGCAACAUUGUUUUCACAAAAUCCUACUUACUCAGAAAACCUGGUUCAUGAAUUCCUACCAACAAACUUAAAGCUUUACUUCAAGCAAAUACAAUACAUGCAAAAGGUGUUCCACAAAGGUGUUUGCAAGAAGAUUGGAUAUUAGUAAUCCUGUCUCAUUUGUCUACUUGGAGAAAACCAAGUAUUAAUUUCUGUUCCAUUUGCUUGUGUACUGCUUCUUGUCAUGGGGGGUGAUGCAUUUAACUGAUGCUCUGUAUGAACAGUGAUAUGUUAAUUUAUUCGUACAUAUUUAUGUUUAAUUUAUUUGUGGUUUAAAGUUGACUGCAUAUUUACAGUAUUACAUACCGUAUAUGCUUCUAAGCCUUAUGUCAAGGCUUACAUUGUUACUCAUAGAUAAAAUAUACUCCUCUGU